AUGAUAGAGGUUGUUUGUAAUGAUCGUUUAGGAAACAAGGUUAGAGUCAAAGUAAAUUCCGAUGACACCAUUGGCGAUUUGAAGAAGGUCUUGGCCGCUCAGAUUGGUAUCAGACCAGAGAAGAUCAGACUACAGAAAUGGUAUAAUGUUUACAAAGAUCACAUCACACUUGCAGAUUAUGAGAUCAAUGAUGGCGAUGGACUCGAGUUGUAUUAUAACUGA